CAGCAAUAGCGGCCGAGGACAAGGAGAGAUGAGCGGUGAGGUUGAAGAGGCGAAGAAGGGAUUGGAAGGCACGGGGCUAAGCCUUGCUACUAACCUCCAUGGAAACCUCAAGAGCGCCGUGGGUGAUGCUCAUCUCAAGGACAUUCUCCAAAACAUCAAAUCCUCCAAAACCCCCACUGUUAUCAACUAUGGGGCUUCCUGGUGUCGAGUUUGCUCCCAGAUUCUUCCAGCUUUCUGUCAGUUAAGCAAUAAAUUCCCUAAGCUUUCUUUUGUCUAUGCGGACAUCGAUGAAUGUCCCGAAACUACUCAGGAUAUCCGAUACACCCCCACCUUUCGUUUCUAUCAAGAUGGCGAAAGAGUCGAUGAAAUGCUAGGCGCAGGGGAAGAGAGGCUUGAAGACAGGCUCUGGUUGCAUUCUGAUCAAUAGUUACUGACUUUGCAUGGCAUCAUCGUACAGGUUUUGCAAAGAGUAUGUUCUCUUAGUGCAUCAUAUUCCUUAUUGGUGUGUAGGAAUUACAUGAAUAUUUCUCCAAUGGAUGUUAUCAAGUGUUUGAAGUUCAGCUUAUCACAUAAGAAACAAGUUUUUGCAAUUUCAAGCUUUUGAAGUUCAAGUUA